GGCCUGCUGGCCGGACGGUGCCCGCGGGCCGGGGUGGCGGCGGGGAGGGCCUCCCUCCUCCUAGGCCUUCUCUAGGAAGCUCGAGGUAGAGCCCGUCGCGCCCGUACCUCCCCGCAGCGUCCCGGCGGCGGCGCAGAAAGUUUUUUUGUGAAGAAAUGGCCUCCAACAUUGGAAAUGAAAAGAGUGUGAAUCCUGUGCUCAGAAUAAGUCAACUUGAUGCUCUUGAACUAAACAAAGCCCUGGAACAACUAGUGUGGUCCCAGUUCACCAGCUGUUUUCAUGGAUUUAAACCAGGGGUGUUGGCUCAUUUUGAACCAGAAGUAAAAGCAUUUUUAUGGCUGAUAUUAUGGAGAUUCACUAUCUAUUCCAAGAAUGCAACUGUGGGGCAGGCUAUUCUGAAUAUUCAAUACAAGAAUAAUUUAUCUCAGACAGAGAAAUACCAACCUCUGAGCAAACACCAGAAGUUAUGGUAUCUUAUUUUCACUGUUGGUGGAAGAUGGUUGGAAGAAAGAUGCUACGAUUUAUUUAACAAUCGUCAACUGCAAUCUUUCUGCAAAAUUAAGUGUUAUAUUAACUUUGCAGCUGGACUUCUUAAACUUUGUGGACUUCUAAAUUUUCUGAUUUUUCUUCAGAAAGGAACAUUUGCAACUCUAACAGAACGCAUUUUAGGAAUUAGGUCAGUUUUUUGCAAGCCACAAAACGUUCGUCAGGUAGGAUUUGAAUACAUGAACAGGGAGCUCAUAUGGCAUGGCUUUGCUGAAUUUCUGAUCUAUCUGCUACCACUUAUUAAUGUACAGAAACUAAAACUUAAAAUUUCUUCUUGGUGUUUGCCUAUUGCAGGUCUUUCCAAUAAUGAGAACACAUUAGCAGCCCACUGCAAGGAAUGUUCGCUAUGUGGGGAAUGGCCUACUAUGCCUCAUACCAUAGGCUGUUCACAUGUUUUUUGUUACUACUGUAUUAAAAGUAACUAUUUAUUUGAUAUGUAUUUUACAUGUCCUAAAUGUGGCUCAGAGGUAUGCAGUCUUCAGCCACUGAAAUAUAAAAUUGAAAUGACAGAAUUGCAUGCCUGAUAUGGGGUUGAUUUGUUAUUAUACUGUACAUGAAAUAUUAUGUUGCAGAGAUUAAUGGAAAAAUCCAGAAAUUAUUGUAAACAGACAGCUUAAAGAUGGUUUUGGAGACUCUGUAACUUGUUGUAACAUAUGUCUUUACUGGUCUUAGUUUUUUACCGAGUAGCAGUGCUGACUUGCCUCCCUGAUGAAAAGAAAAGGAGUUCACCAGCUCUUCUGCUUUCUCAGAGUAUUUGAUCCCAGUUUGGUACCCCUAUAUUGUCAAGUCGUUCCUUCUUAGCUCUAGAAUCUGUUGGCCUGCGGCUUCAUGACUGCAUGCUAUACGGUUCCCUCAAAGAUAGAGAAGAUGCCCAGUAAACUUUUAUCUGUUUUGUGUAUUUUCUCAAGCUUGCCAUAAAAGCUCCUGCCAUUACCGACUUAACUUGUAGGUGGGUUUAGUGGGAAAGUCAUCCUUAUCAUGCCUAAAGAAUAAUUUAAAGUUUUAAUAUUUUAAGUUUGAAUCCCUAGUGUGAUGUUCCACUGCUAAAAUAAAAGGCGUAAGGUGAAUUCUCAUCUCAGGAGAUUAUUGAUAGUUUUCAUCAUAUUCAGCCACCAUAACAGGACAUACUCUUUCUCCAACUCAGAAUUGCUCUCUUACCAACAGAUAGAACAGUUUUAAGUGAUCUGUCUGGUAGACAUGUAGAUACUCCAUAGUUAGCAUGUGCCUACAGGAGAUAUAACCACCUCCUGUGCAAAUACAAUGCACCUUCUAGACCUUGAUGAGGUGACCGAACUCAUUUUCUCACUCAGCUAUAUAUUUGUGAUCUUCAGUGACGUGUGUAUGACCUCCCACUUCUUCCCUAUAAAGCUGAGAGAUGCAGUCCGUCAUCCAUUGCAAUGUGGCAGCUGCCCAAGGUAACCCGUAUUCUUCCGAGUCAGAGACACUGGAGAAAACUGUUUACUCACUGGAUGCCGUCUUUGGGACUUGCCACUCUUUGUUUGGUGUGGUCAAGGGGGGCGCCAAACUUCACAAACAGCUCACUACUACACAGAAAAAAGAUCAAACACAGCUGUGUGCACGUAGACAUAUUGGAAGAAAUAAGUAACUCUUCCUGGUUUUUACUAUUUGCUUUGUAAUGCUUUUAUUAUUCCCUGUUUUAACACUUCAUCCAUUUGUUCUCUGACCUGGUUUUAUAAGAUUUAUUAUUUUUUUUCAAAAUUGCAGUCCUUUUUAUAACAGGAAGUCUUACCCAGAAGUGUCUCAUUAACACAAAAAUACAUUGCAUCCUUUUUUGGCUCUUAAAUCAAAUUCUCAAAAACUUACACAGUUAAAAUGAGUAAAUCACUUUAUGACGGCUGUGUUCUUGAUUGGCUAUCAUCAAUAGUCAGUCCCAAAAAUAGUGUGGUAACAACUGAUCCAAUAUCUUUGAUCUACUUUUAUGAAAUGGUUUAUUACAUUCUUCGGUGUCUGAUUAAAACAACCCACCAGCUUAUUUGUUUGAAGAUCUUAGAUUCUAGGUUUUGAUCUUUAGAGUGACACACAACGCUUUCAUCUGAUGCAAUUAAAUAUAGUUAGCGGGUUCGUAAGUAUCUGUGGGCAGCCCAAAACUUCAUUAAGUCUGCUACUGUUCUGUGAGUCAACAGAGACUUCAGAGCAACUGCUUCCAGAUACUGUGCAGCAAAAUAUUAUUUGCCAUGAAAUGUGUAUAUCAGCAGCCUGCCAAAUUUCUGUUAUUCACUGUUGCCAUUUGAACCAGCAGGUACAAAUCUGUCUUUAUUAGAAGUAUCAGAACUUGUAAGUCUGUUGGAGAAUAUCCUGGAGUUGCUUGCUGGUCCUGAAGUGAUUUUGUAUGAAUUGUCCCUGCACAUCACUUAAUAGCUCUUCCCAAAGAAAUGUGUCAGCAACCCUGACUUUGAGGUGAGGAUCAUCAGCAUUCCUGCUAUCUUUCUCUUUAACUAUCCUUAUUAAUUAAGAGUUGUACACAUCCAAAAUUCAGUGUUUGUAGUUUAUAACCAUAGCAGACCUUUGUUUCCUAUGGACUCUAUUCCUUCUGAAGUCACAGUGCAGUAUUCCAUCAAAAGGGCAUGGGUUUUCUAUAUUGGACUCUGGUAGGUGUCAUGUUCUUCUUAUGCAGGAGUUAACUUCUUUCCUUUUUACAAAUGUAUCUUUUCCCUAAAUACUUAAAUAAUGUUAUCUUCCUUGUUCAUUCUGUCUCACUCUGUCCUGCUGUUUGAUUUACCUAAGCUCAAUGAAUUUUCUGAGGUUUGUUUUUGUCUCUUGCAGAUUCAUGUAGGUGAAAUCCUAGUAAAAUAUAUACUCUGUUUUUCACCCCUGUUACAGUAUCAGUACAAAACAUGUUUCCACAGGUUUCAUACCUCUGUUGCACAGCUGUUUUCUGCUGGCUGUGCUAUAUUGCAGUUGGCUUCCCUGGUUAUUUUCUGGAGUUGAACCUUUGAUACUUAACUUAGGAUGGCUUGUCAUACCAAAGCAUUGACCUACUACUGUAGUACCUCAUUAUCAGCAUGUUAGUUUUGUAGCCUGUAGCACUGACCAAGUUUGUAAAAUCUGUGUCUUAAGGCAUGAAUAAACAGUUUGCAUUACCCUAAGAUCCUAGAUCCAAAGGUGUGGCUUUAAUUCUUUUAUUUUUCCAUGCAAGUAAGCGGGUACUAUGCAUCUCAGAAAUAAAAAGUUUGGGAAAAGUGUGGUUCCUUUUUUGAGAUACUGAAUUUAUUUUUUUUUUUUAAUCUACCACGUGAAUGAAACCUUUGCUUGGCUGUAGUCAAAACGCAGAUUGACGAGACCAAGAUUUCAACUUGUGUAUUGAAAAAUUACUUGCUACCAGGUUAGCUUUUCUAGGACUCCAAAGUCGGUACUCAGCAGCGUCCUUAUGGCACUGUAAAAUUAAAACCAUACCUUUUUUUAUGUUGUAAUUCUGUUUUGUUGUUGUUUGUGUUAUAUAAACUGCAGAAAAGUCUGCCUUGAAGAUAUCACAGAGAAAAACGAGAUAAUUUUUAGACUAAUCAAAGGAUAAUUAAUUUUACAUAUUAAUUGCAUUGAUAAUUUGUCCUCAUAAGCAUUAUGUUUUCAGGUUAAAGCUCUACUGUAGCAAAGGACUAAGAUACAUCUGGUGGUGCUUCCUGCAGUAGAGGGAAUAAAGUUUAUUUUGGAAUGUUAAUCUCUUCAGUCAUUUUCUCUAAACAAAAGGGUUUUAGUGUUCAGCUACCGUGAGAAUGUACUUCUGAGCAGUCAUAUGUGCAGCAGUGAAAAGGAUAAAUGCCUAGAAUUUAAGAAAGCUAAAGGACCAGAUCUCUUAUUCAGUCUUGGAUAGGAGUUGCAGCUCUGUAUUAACGGUUUUAUUGUGGUCUGUUGUGUGUCUUUGUGUGCCACAUGAAUGUUUUUGUUGUAUCAGAAAUCAAAAAAUGAAGUCGUAACUGAAACAGACUAAUUACAAAAAGUUUUAAAAUGUUUAUUAAUAUACCUUCAUUUGAAUGAGCAUUACAAGUUGUCACAAGGUGUGAUUUUUGGAGGCAUUUAGAGGAAAGGAGUCAGAGAAUGCUGAUUCCUUGUUUCCACAAGCCACCACCACUCCAUCUACUCUAUAUGCUUUAACAGAGGUCUCAUUUAAGUAGUGUUAUGGAAGACUCAGAGACAGAAGUUUCAGUAUUCUGUAAAAAAAAUGACAGGGGUAGUACCUGAUUUCUGCAUUAUCUGGAAUAUUUCUUUGUUUUCCCGUAAGUGUGAGCUGUUACGCGCAAGGAUGAUCUGGACAAAGUGGUGAAAAAAAAAUGUUCAGAAAGAUGAAAGAAAUACAUUUCAUUGGUUUGGAUUGUAUUUAGGAAUGUCCUUAUUUGAGGCUAUUACUACAAUUGUUAUUUGGGACAUAUGGUUCUUAGAGAAAACCAGUUGACAAAUAAAACAUGCUUCUUAACAGGA